AUGUUUCCUUUCUUUCCUUCUCUACCCAGUAACGUCCAGGCUCAAGGACAGCAGGUUCAUUUUUUUUCUCAUGUUAUCUCUCUUGAAUAUGUUGCGUUUACUAUCAAAAUAUUAUGAUUCUUUGGGCAUAUGCGUGAUUUUAUUUCCACCGAGUUACUCACUUGUCUCAAUAUGACGCAGAUGAUGUUGCCGAAUGUACAGCAGCAGGUAACCAAUCCACUAGGAUUUAACAACAUGCAGCAGAUUGCCCCUCAAUUCCAUGCUCAAAAUGGUCAGUUUCAGAAUCCACAAAUGCAGCCGUUCAACAACCAAAGCAUGGACAACAUGCACGGACGGAGCAUGGUUAUGCCCAACCACUCACAGUUGACAUCUUCGGCUUCUCUUGGAUGUAUUCCUAACGUUCCGAACCCAGUGCAAACUUCUGUCAUGGGUAUGCAGCAGCCGCAAAAUGGCCAUUCCUUUUUCAGUCAACAUCCUCAGAACGUUAACCAGAUUGCAGCGCUCCCAUUUACUGGCCAGAUUUGCAACGUUUCACAAGCUUUAAACCAGCUCGGAAUGCAACAAUUAAGUGGGCUGUUUGGUGUUAACAGUCAGAUGCAAAAUCUAAAUCAAGUUUAUCAUUUUGCACGAGGUGGGCACCUCUGGCCCCAGAACUUGAACCAAGCUAUGGGCUUUCAUGGUCAAUUCUAUUCACAAAACCUCAUGCUACCGCCAAAUCAGAUCCAACAAUCAUCACAGCAUGGAGUUGGUGUUACUCAAAUUAGUCCGUCCUCCCUCCUCCCAGUAACUGGUCUUGGUUUUCAGGAUAAUUUUUCAUCCAAUUCACAUCAGUCUGGGUUUGCUAAUGCCUCAGUAUCUGAUGAUCCAUCGAAAGCCAAACCUCAGGGCCUGGGAACUUCCACGGAAAUUGCAAUUGCGAGUCAGAAUGGUGUGCAAAAACCCCUCUCUGUCAUGCAGAACAUGCUGUCAUCAUUAACGGCUGAUUCAGCAAAAAUGAAUGAUAAACAGAGGAAUUUUCACUCGGAUUCAGUCAAGCCCCCUCAGGUACCUGGAAUUUUAAUCUAUCUUUUUUCUCUGAUGACCAUACGAAAUAUGUGGAGACAAAGCAUGUUUCUACUACGAUCCCUUGUUAUGGAAGAGUAUCAAAAAAAAUACUCAAAAGAAAAGGAUUCGGUAGUUUCUUCUGAAAUGGCUGUGUUAGUCCCCAUAUAUUUCAUCCGUGACCUUCUCAUCAGAGUACUCCCACCCAUGUCUGAUUUCAUGUCUGCAUUACAGAUUUUUCCUUUCCAAGGAUCAUAUGUUUCAGCAAGUUGUAUUAUUGAACCUCACAAAAAGAUGAAAAUUUUUAUUUGUCGGAUGACUUGGAGUGGUUCAUAAUAUUAAGCAAUAACUCCCUCCCACCAGAAAAACAAAAAUAAAAUAAAAUAGAGUGUGCGGGAGAAGUGACAAUCGUAGGGAAGAACUAGUGCAAUCAAUGAGUCGACACUUGAUCACAAGCACUAAUUAUAGGAACGUGUGGAAUAAUAUAGAAGGUAACAAUAACUUAGUACCCGCCGCCAUGUGUACCUUAAUAACCAUUGGACCAUAAAUCCUAGAACUUAACACAUUGUAGUUAAGACCAUGUUUCCCAGUUGUCUUUUGAGAACACUGGAUCCUCUAAUUAUCUUGAGAGGUCCUUUGUUUUUGGCAUAAUUUUAAAUGCAAUUGAUGAAUCAACCUCCUUUUCUCCAACAACCAAACUUGCAAUCGAUCUUUCCAAGCAUGACUUGAAGGAUUUGAAUCGACUGGAAGCAUUGUCAAUGUGCUGAAUAAUGUUGAGAGGAAUAUAUUGCCACACGUCAUAUUUUUUUUGAUUGAAUAGAGAUUUUCAUGAACCUUGAUGAAUUAUAAGAUGAUAGGUCUUCAUUUCUUGUUUUCUUUGUUGUGUUUAUAAAAGUCCCAACCUUCAUGCCUGCAAUGUCUUACAUUUGAGAUGAAGGUCCGGUUUAUAGCAUCAUUAUGAGAUUUAUUCGGUCAGAAAUAAAAUGAAUGCUUGGUGAUCUAUCUUUAAUGCUUGUGAGUGCAUGCUCAUCACAUUAGUCUCUUGUUAAAAACGUGUCAGUCCACUUGAAUGGUAAUUACACUUAAGACUGCCUUGUUUCAGUAAUUGUCUUGGUGAUGGUUUUGACAGCAGUUGUCUGUAUGUUUCUAGUUAUCCCAUGUCUUUUCCUACAUGUGCUAAGUUUAUCUUUCAGGUCAGUCACAAGAAAAAUAGCAAUAAUGAAAUUUCGGCUGGCAUGUUCGGGAAUUCCGCGGGUAGAAGCUUUAAUAGGGAUCCUCAUGGAACUGUUAACAGAGAUCAUUCACAGAGAAGGCAGGUUUUCCGCUUGAACUGCUUAAAGUUUAAAAUAAAUUAUUUUUAUUAAAUUAGUGAAUCAUUUCUAGUUCAGGUUUCAGAAGCCAAAUCAUCAUAUGGCAAACACAAAGGAGAACAGCGGUUCAUAUAAAAAAACUUGGGGCAAAGGUUUGUUCUGAUGUUUCUGGAGUUUACUGAUUCUUUUUUUUUACUCCUUUUUGUUUUGGCCGACUUAAAAUCAUUGAAAAUAUUUGUAUAAGAGAGACUGUAGAGGGACAAGAAUGUCUUCCAUUAUUUCAAUGCCGGAACACCUUGAAUGUGGGAGAUUUCUUCCUCCUGUACAGAGGAGGCAGAGGUGUGAUAUUUGUCCAUAUAACUGAAAUGAAGAAUGGGUGUUAUCGAGCUUCCAUUCGAAGCAAUGCCAGUACCUUGCACAAGGAAGAUUGAAAAAAUCAUCUACACUUGAUAUCCCAAGUGCAUCUGGUCGGUAGGGAACCUUGGAACAUUCGAGCAUGUUGUUGGCCAGGAACUCGGGAUUAUUUAAGAAUCUCGUUGGCUGAUAAUGCCUCUUGCCUAAAUAUCUCAAAAUUAUGCUUCACCUCUAAGGUACUCAUAUUUACGAGGCUUGUGCAGUCCAUAUGUAAUUAUGCUUUGCCUGGGAAGAACCAAUAUGAGAAAAGUUCCAUAUUAACCAGAAAAUCACCAUUUAUGCUGAAAGUUUGUUUUUAAUUAGUUGCAAAUGAAUCUAUAUACUUAAUUUUUUGCGGGAAGAAGAAAUGUGAGAAAAGUGCCAUAUUAACGAAGCUAAUCAUCUUUUAUGCUAAAAAAAAUUGAUUUUUAGAUUAGCUGUAUAUUAAUCUUAAAUACCUAUGAUCGAGGUGAAGAACUCGAUUAAGGUUUGAGUGGGAAGAAGAAAUGCGAGAGAAAUAUUCAUAUUUACCACACUAGUCACCUCUUCUGCCAAUAGAAUAGCCUAUAUCUGCUAAUUUUAACCGUCUAAAUGGAAUCUGACCACUGCCCAUGUAAUAUGUUUCUUCUUUCUCCUUACAAUCCCACAAUUUAAUUUCCUGAUAUGGAGUAAUUUUCUCAUACGGUAUUCUGCACAAGCUCAAACCUAGAUGCAUCUUUCGUUUACAGUUGCCAUCGUAAAUCACGUUCUCUUUGAUUGUUAAACGGAGUGGCGCUAUGAUUUGUCGCCUGUGCUUCUAUGAACAGGACCGCAAGAUGGGAGGGCAAGAACGCCUCAAUUCACAAAGCAUGAGAAAAAAAUCCCGGAUGAACAUCGCAGGUGGAAAUCUCCCCUUCCUCCACUGUUUUAAUUUGCCAGUGCUCUGCAUAUGCUUCACCUGUGUUGAAUUAUUUACCACCAGUGCAAUUCUUGGGCUUGAAUAAACCCCAUUCACCGGGUUAUGCCCAGCACUCUCUCUUUCUCUCUCUUCAGAUGUGUUCCCUUAGAUAUCUUUCUCUUCCCUCUGUAUUGCAGAAGGCCUACUGCUUUGAACUACUCGGAAGAGGAAGUCCGGCAGUGGAGGGAAGCUCGGAGGAAGAACUUCCCAUCAACAGCCAAUGUACAGAGGGUUGGGUGCCCCUCCACCCCCUCUUUCUUCACAAAAACACCCCAUGCCCAAGCCUAACGGUUCUCUCUCUUUCUUGCUCACAGAAGCAGGAGAAGAUCACCGGAGAUUCUGAAGGCCUCCACGAAGAUACCAAUCUGUGCCGCCAGGUCAGCAACUCCUUCGCCAGGCCCAUCUUUCCAAGUUGGGGCCUUUUUGCCUGAAUUUGUCAUGUCUGUGUCCGCAGCAACUGAAAGAGGUUCUCGCCAAACAAAUGGAGCUGGGAUUUGAAGCCGCAGAAGUACCCUCUUCCUACCUGUUGGACUUGGAGAAGGAGCAGCCUCUGGAAGCACGAUCUACAAAUAAACGUGGAAAGAGGGGCCGAGGAUCGGACAAGUGGCAGUCCAAGAAGCAAAGGACCAGGAAUGGGCCGCCGCCGCCGCCACCAGCAGAACCGACCCUGCUCCAGAAGCUGCUGAAUUCUGAGAUCAAGAGGGACAGAAGCCGUCUCUUGCAGGCCUUCAGGUUCAUGGCCAUGAAUGCCUUCUUCGACCAUUGGCCCAGCAAAUCGUUGGAGUAUCCUCUGGUGACCGUCGGAGCCAGCGGCGGCAUUGAGGGAAGCGGUGGUGAAAGGACCCAGCUGCCGGCGACAGCGGAGGGGGCAGCGCCGGCGGAGUGCUCUGAUGAGAGUGACUGUGUGACUGAUGGCGGCGGCGCUAUGGAGGAAGAGGAAGAUGGUGCAGCUGGCGGCUCUGAGAAACAGGGCUGCUCUGGGGAGCAGCCUGAGGGUGCCACUGAAUUGAAGGGGUAG